GGCGGCUGCGACCUGGCCCGGCCCGGGCCGCUCCUGUCCGCCGUAGGUCGCGCUCGUUCGACCCCGGCUCCGCAGCCCCGCGGCCUCGCGUCCCCGCGUCCCCGGCCGGCCCGCGCAGUAGGUGCCUGGUAAAUAUCCUAGAAUUUUCAAAACGGAAAAAACCUGCUUUUAGGGGACAAUGCUGAGGGACAGUAUGAAAUCUUGGAAUGACAGCCAGUCAGAUCUCUGUAGCAGUGACCAAGAAGAGGAAGAAGAGAUGGUUUUUGGUGAAAAUGAAGAUGAUUUGGAAGAGAUGAUGGAUUUAAGUGAUCUACCUACCUCUCUGUUUGCCUGUAGUGUCCACGAAGCAGUAUUUGAAGUCCAGGAGCAGAAGGAGAAAUUUGAAGCACUUUUCUCCCUCUAUGAUGACCAAGUUACAUUUCAAUUAUUUAAAAGCUUUAGAAGAGUCAGAAUAAAUUUCAGCAAGCCUGAAGCAGCAGCAAGAGCUCGAAUAGAACUCCAUGAAACAGACUUCAAUGGGAAGAAGCUGAAGCUGUAUUUUGCACAGGUGCAGAUGUCUGGUGAAGCCCGGGACAGAUCCUACCUACGGCCGCCACAGCCCGCCAAGCAGUUCCUCAUCUCCCCACCAGCCUCUCCUCCCGUGGGCUGGAAGCAGAGCGAGGAUGCGAUGCCUGUGAUCAACUACGAUUUACUCUGUGCCGUUGCCAAACUGGGGCCAGGGGAGAAGUACGAACUGCACGCGGGAACCGAGUCCACCCCGAGCGUGGUGGUGCACGUCUGUGAAAGCGAAACCGAAGAGGAAGAAGAAACGAAAAACCCCAAACAGAAAAUCACCCAGACUCGGCGCCCCGACCCUCCCACCGCAGCGCUGAACGAGCUACCGACCUUCCACUGUGCGCCCUGAGGCCCUGGUGCGGUGUGGGGAGGCAGCUGUGCCACUGCACCUUAGGGACGAGGCCUCCUCCUGGGAGGCGGCCCUGCAGGGCGGGGCGGGCGCUCUCCAGCCCCCCAGUGCGCCUGCGCUGGGCAGGGAGCUGAGCGGUCGUUUCCUGUUUGAAUUUUGAGUGAUGUCCUAAAUGGCACUUUAAAGGAUUAGGCCCCAAAAUGUGGCAACUCAUGACCUUUUUAAACAGUAGCAACUGAGGAAAAUGCCCCCUCCCCGCCAACUUUAGUUCCCGAUUGCAUAUAGCAUGAGAUACCGAAAACCAGAAUUAUAAUUACCCAGCACAGUAGCAUUUUUACAAAUUUAAAAAAUCUUCAAUUUUAAUAACCUGGUGUGGGUAUUUUUGUACUGGUAUAAUGGCUUCUAACAUAUAUUGAUGAAAGGUUGUUAUUCAGUAUAUGUAGCAUUUUUUGUCCGAAGAGAAAUACAGAAUAAUUCCCAAAAAUGCAUAAAAUUCAUUUUCUGAAGUAUUUUCAUUAGCUUUGGGGGAAGAACUGCCAAAUCCACUCCAAUCAUCGGAACUGAAUGGCACAGGUCAAAGUGUGUGCUGAAUGUAAUGUGCAUUUGGGCAACUCGUAGUCUUUACAUUAGAAAACAAUAAGAUUUUCUGAAGACCAUUUAAAAAUUUUUUCCAUCUAAACAUUUUCAGCCUGCUUAGGAAGUAAAGUCAUACAUACUAUUUUUUUAUGAAUUAGGGGAUGAGGGGAGAGAUCAUGCUUUUCUUUUUGGGUGACUUUUUUUUAACCUUAGCUUGCAGUUAACAUUUUUCUCUAAAAUAGAAUUGUUUCCUGCUUGUGUUUCAGAAUGUAUGAUGGAACCUCCUAACGUAGCAGCAGAGAUCUUUUUGAGCUUUGGGGCCUAUUCCCUCAUAUAAAAAUCUCAUGACUAAGGCUGUUUGCUUUGGGCCACCUGGCUCUGUUGUUUAUGUGGCAGAUGCUAGGAGCUCCCUGGUAUCUCUGGGAAGGGCUUGCUUUUCAUUUAGAACUAAUAAACCAAAGUGGCUGUCACUCCAAAGAAAAAAAAGUGGAGAAAUUCAAGCUAUGGUAUUUGUAUAUUUUGGUAACAUGUUACUGUGGUUUAGUUUUCAUUAUGGUAGAAUUUCUUUUUUUCAUUCUUUCUUUUUUUUUUUGGUACUGGGGAUGGAACUCAGGACUUGUACUUUCGAGGCAGGCAUGGUGCCACUGAGCUAAAUCCCCUGCCCUAGAAUUUAUUUCUUAGGAUUUAAACUACACUGCAUACACACACAAACACAAGUUUCUCUUUUCCUUGCCAUCAAAUAUUGUGAGAUGAUAAACUUCUCUUUUAUAUAUUCACCACUGCUAAUGUAAAAUGUAAAUUCAUUUGAAAUUUACAAUUCAUAAGCAACUUAUUUAUUAAAUUCAGAUUGUCACUUGUCAAUUUAACUGACAGCCACUCAAUAAAUUUAUUCUCAAAUUUU